AUGUAUGAUGUGAUAAUGGUAAAUGCAAUCAGGCUAUUGACACAUGUCCUUCCAGUUCAGACCAACCCAGUGACAAAAUAUUUAGUUCAAGAUCAAUCUCUCCUCAGUAAGUUCACAAUGAUUUCUUUAACGAGAUUCAUCCAAUGUGUUAACAAAUCUGCAAAUGUGCGUUUACAAAAUUCAGCACUAAUUAAAAAUUCUAAAAAUCCAAAUCGUAUUUGGUCUCAAAUUGUGAUGAAAAAUAAAAAAGAUGGAAGUAUAAUGAAUGUCAAAGUGCAAACCGUGCCAAAAGAUCGAUUUGAAGACUUCAUUGACUUAAAAAUGAAUCACUUUGUCAAGGAUGAGAUAACGUACAAAGUUUCAGGAAUCAAUGAUAAUCCAGAAGCAGUUAAAGAGUGUAGAGCAGUAUUAAAGAAUAUGAUGAGCCAGCGCGCGGUGCACAUUCACGGGUAUUUUAGAGAGGACGAGGCUGAACAUUCUGAACUCAUUGGCGCAUCUUCUCUUAUACUAAUAUCUAAAGAUGAUCCGCUUGAAGAGAUUACGGUCAAAACAAAAGAAAUGAAGAGGUUUUUUGAAAUCGUACGCGCCUGGAACCUGUUGUACAAAUACGACGAAGUAUUCAAACGAUAUGGAAUUGAUUGUUUUUACCAAGAUGCAGGCUUGGUCAUCCAUCCAAAGUACAGAUUGCUUGGUAUAGCCAAGUACGAAGCUCUUGUCAGACGGCUGGUGUGUAUCGCGCACGGCGUUCCUGCGACCGGGGCAUGGUGCACGAUGUUGGGCAGUCAGAGAGCCAGCACGCUGGACGACUGGGACACGCUGUUUGAGAUGUCCUAUGACGAACUGGCGUCCCGGCUCGGCGUGCAGUUCAAUGACCCGCCGCCUAGCUGCAAGUACAUGGCUGUGAAAGUCCUUUGAGGAUAGCUUUAGCCAGGAGCCUGCAAGCUAGAUACGAGGAACACGCUGUUUGAGAUAACUUAUGAAGAGCUGGGGUUCCGGCUCGGCGAGCAGUUCAAUGACUCCCCGCCUAGCUGCAAGUGGAUGGCUUGGCUAUUCUUUUGAGGAUUUCUUUAGCCAGAGAGCCUGCAAGCUAAACGACUGGGACUCGCUAUUUAAAAUGCCUGCCAAGAUGAACUGAGCUCCUGGUUCGGCGUGUAGUUCAGUGACCCGCCGCCUAGCUGCAAGUACAUGGUUUUGAGAGUCCUUUGAAGACUGCUUUAUAGGAAUGUUUGUUAAUUUAAUUGUGUGUAAUUAAAUAUUUAGUAAAUGAACUAUUUUUGUAAUAAAAGUAGCUAUUUGUGAUA